AUGGCGGAGUUCGCGCUUGGUCUGACCAAGACGGCGGUGGCGGGGACGGUGAGCAGGGUGAAGUUGGCGGUGGAGGAGGAGAAGAAGCUGAGGGAGCGUGUGGAGGAGGACCUGGUGUUCAUCACGGGGGAGUUUGAGAUUAUGCAGGCGUUCCUUAGCGCCUCUAACGCUGGGGAGCGCGCAUCCAAGAACAAGGUGGUGCGGGCGUGGGUGAGGCAGCUCCGUGAUCUGGCCUUCGACGUCGAGAACUGCGUUGAGUUCGUGGUGCACCUCGACAAGCCGUCGCCGUGGGACUGGUUGCGGCGCCUUGCCUCCUCCACCCCCUGCCUUUCAAGCUUGUCGCUGCCUCUGGACUUGGCGGUGGCGGACAUAAAACGGCUCAAGGCAAGGGUGGAGGAUGUAAGCCAGAGGAACACACGCUACGACCUCACAGGUGGUGGCGGCGGCGACGACAACCUCAACGACGACAACGACUACGACGACAACUAUGACUACGACAGCGACAAUUACUCCGACUCAGACGGGGAGCCGAAUCACCUGCGUAUGCGCCCUGCAGUCGGCACUACAUCAGUUGCAGCGGCAACAUUUCACGAUCUAAGGGUGGUCUGGAAGGCCAUGGGAAAGCUCAACCAGACCACUGGGGAUCUGAAAAGGUUGAUCGAUUGCGAAGGAAGUGAGCUCAAAGUGAUCUCACUAUGGGGAAGUCCGCAUGCUGAUGUUGUUGGGGAAUUUGGGCGAGCUAGUAUUCUCAAGAAGGCCUACAUUGACCCAGAAAUCUGCCAACAAUUCAAGAGCCGUGCAUGGGUAGAGCUGACCAAUACUUUCAAUCCAAUAGAGUUCCUCAACAAGUUACUCACUGACUUCACAUCUCAAUGCCAUGAACGACACGAUGAUAUGUCCAAGCUCAUGUUGCAAGUCAGCCAACACAAAUACCUCAUCAUCCUAGAGAAAGAAUUAUCCAGUGUCGCGGAGUGGGAGGCCAUCAAAACAUACCUUCCCGACGGCAACAAUGGCAGCCGAAUCGUCAUCUCCACCAAGCACUUGGGAGUUGCCCUUGUCUGCACGGGGGAACCAUUCCAAGUAUGGGAGCUUCAACACUUCUCUCACGAUCAGUACCUUUAUAGUGUAUCUGGAGAGAAGAUCAAGUGGACAAGUGAUCAGGAUUUAUUUAAAAAGUGUCGUGAGUUUCUGACUGGACAUGAUUGCCUCAUCUAUAUUGAGGACCUGCAGUUCUCCGAGGACUGGAAAUUGAUCCAAGGAAAUAUCUUCUGUGAGAAUACUGGUAGUUGCAUUGUUGUUAUUACACGUUCCAAAAAAUUGGCCAAACAGUGUGUGGAUUACCAACAACAUCGGUUGCUCAAUGUUGUAGAUCUGCUCAAGAGCGUAAAUGAAGAGGAAGAAUAUGAAUAUGAGCUCAUUGGGCGUAAAGGUCAAAUGCGUUUCUUUUGUGAAAAUGAAUUGGAUGGUUGUACAGUGUCCGUGUGGGGGAUUGCAGGUGUUGGGAAAACAGCUCUUGUCAGAGAAAUAUACAAUCGCCAACAACUGAAGAUACAAGAUUAUGGAAUGUACGGCUGGGUGACAGUGGCCCAUCCAUUCAGUUUGCUAAGCUUGUGCCGGAGCUUGCUUCUGGACUUUUAUUUGCAUGAUAUUGAUGCGAAGGAAACUGCAGCAAUUGAUAUGAUGGACGGCCAAGACCCUAUUCAAUCCUGUUGUAAAAUUCUGAGUGAAAACAAAUGUCUCCUGGUUAUUGAUGGCCUGCGGUCCACGCGUGACUGGGACUCAGCCUGCUUGUUGGCCCAGGCUAAUUCUGCUGGUCUCAUAAUUGUUAUUACACGUGAAGAAAGCAUUGCCAAACACUGUGCAAAAAGUAAAUAUUAUAUUCGCAAUAUCAAAGUUCUAAAAGAUGAGGAGGCCCUUCGUCUCUUUAAGAAGGUACUCAUCAUGGGGCCGAUCUUAGAGCCCAAGGCAGAGGAGAUUCUGAAGAAAGGCAUACACAAGUGUGGCGGGUUUCCAGGAGUAAUAGUCACUUUAUGCGAGUGGGCCAUUAAAUGCUCACGGGAAAAUUCUGUAUCGAAGUUUAUAAAUUCUGACUUCAUGAGAGAAGUGAAGAAGUCCCCGAGGUUGAGGUCCCUACUUUCUGGGAUGAAAUCCUACUUUGACACUUGCACAGAUGAACUCAAGCCGUGCAUCUUCUAUGCGUCAGUAUUCCCUGCAGACAAAAGCAUCCGGCGGAGGCGGUUGCUCCAGCGGUGGAUUGCAGAGGGUUACUCACUUGGUGGUGCUGGUACCACGGACGAGGAGAAGGGAGACAAGCUCUUGUCCGAGCUCAUCAAGUUGAGCAUAGUACACGAGGUGGAUCACGAUACAACAGAAAGGGUAAGAAAAAUAUACAAGGUUAAUGGUUUCUUCCCUGAAUACACAAAGUCACAACCAAUGGCAGACAACCUUGUGUUUGAACUGGAGGGAAGUUGCAGCCCAAGCUCGCGACUCAGUGGACAACAUCUCACAAUAAGGAGCAGCUGGGACAGAGAUGUGGUGGUAUUCAGCAGCAUUGACUUGUCACGGCUACGAUCUUUGACAGUUUGUGGGAAGUGGAAGCCAUUCCUCGUCUCUGACAAGAUGAAGGUGCUUCGGGUGCUUGAUCUGGAGGACACAACUAGUGAACCAGAACAAGAUACUGGUGUAGUAACAGAUGAUGAUCUGGAGCUGAUCGGGAAGAAGUUUCCUCGCCUCAAGUUCCUAUCAGUGCGAGGAUGCACGCACAUCACUUGUCUCCCUGAUUCAUUGGGUGCCAUGAAUCAACUGGAGACUCUUGAUGCCAGGCACACUUCCAUAGUCGAGUUGCCUGCUGCUGUCAUCACCAAGCUACACAAGCUGCAGUACAUUCGUGCUGGAAGUUCACCACUACCACAACCGCCAACACGAAAAGAAGAAGAAGAAGAAGAAGAAGAAGAAGAAGAAGAAGAAGAAGAAGAAGAAAGUGAAGAAGAAAGUGAAGAAGAAGACCACAAAGAAGAUGGUGGUGAUGAUGGCAUAAUACCUUCCAUACAAGCCAAAGCAUCGGCGUCAGAAGUGGACAAGGGGUCAUCAGCAAGAAUACCACCAUCAACACCAACACCAACAACACAAGAAGAGGUUCAUAGUGGCACCAGCCCCUUCCUACCGGACACAGCAACAGUAGCCGGGGUGGUCCCGGAGGCAUCAACAUCAACAACAAGCUCAGGGAAAAGGAGUAAAUCCUGCAGCAGCAACAGCUGGCGUCUGCUGAAGAAUCAGCAUAGACGCUUGCGUGUUGAAGCAAAUGGCGGCGGUGUUGAGGUUUCUUCUGCUGCUGCAAAGAGGAUUGGGAUGCUGACAAACUUGCAUACACUUGGUGUUGUGAAUAUUGCAGGUGGGAAAGGUGGCCUCAAUCUCCUUAAGGAGCUCAAGAUGCUUACCCAACUCCGCAAGCUUGGGCUGUCCGGCAUCAACAGUAAAAACUGGGACAGAAUGUGUUCUGCCAUCUCGGGCAACCUCUCUCAUCUCGAGUCAUUGUCGCUGCAACUGGUGCUGCUGGAGGGAGAUGGUACCUAUGACUUUGCUUCUUUUGACAAGAUGCCCAAGCCUCCCAGGACCCUGAAGAAGCUUAAGGUACUUUACACUACUACAGCGACACGUGCAAGUGCAGGUGGUGCAAGCAUAAGACCGGUUUGGAUGAUGCAGCUUCCCUAUCUCAUAAGCUUUGAUCAUGAGUUGACUGUAUCAAGUCAAGAGGACAUAGAGGUCAUACAUAGCAGCCUUAGCUUUUAUUAUAGCUCUCGUCCUCAGCUCGGAUUAGAAAAUACUCGUCUUCGUAUCAAGCCAAUUAAGUUGGAGAACCUCAGUUGGCUUGGUGGUUUCAUAACCAAUGGUCUUGAACUGAAGGCCCUCAGGAUUGACUGCAACAAUGUCAGUUCGACGGUAAAAUUUGGAAUUGGGACCAAAGUAGACAUCGGAAUACUCAGCAUCCACUGCUGCAGCUCUUGUGGUGAAGAGUCGUGUCUGCGGAUUUAUGGGCUACAGAAUAUAGUUUGUCUCCAGCGAGUCUUGAUGCAUGGUCCGUGCAGCGAAGGCUUCCAGCUGCACUUGAAGAAGCAACUUGCCAAGCAUUCCUCUAUCAGGAAACCUACGCUGCUCAAGCGGUCGUGAUCAC